GUUUAAUCUAUUGCUAAAGGUCCAACAAGAAUCAUGAAGAAACAACGAAGGAGUAAGAUUGUUGGCCUUCGUUGUGAUUUCCAACAAUCAAACUUUCAAACUGCGCAGUGAGCUUGUGACUUCAUUGGUUGGCAGAUGGAAAUUCCAGCAGAAUCCGCCGGGCAAAGAAUGACCAAGUGAUGCUUCUCAUUCAACAAUGUCACGACAGUUUGGGAGUAAUAACGUAAGACAAUAUCAAAAUCAAAAUCUACACAAUCGAGCGGCACUACUGGGGGAUUACCGCGAUGACCGACCUGGAUCAGCAGGAUCCGGAAGAUUCACUCCUACUAGAUUCGGAGCUCUAUCUUCUGAUCAAAACGGGCAAGUAGAAGGAAGUUAUAGUGUAAAAAUGGACGAUGGGCACUUAGAUUACCUUGAGAGCCAAAACGAAGAGAAGAUUCACGGGCUGAGCGCCAAAGUGGCCAUCCUUAAAAAUAUAACCGGCAAGAUUGGAGACGAAAUACGAUCAGGCAAUAGUUUAUUAGAUACAAUGAAUGAUCAAUUCAGCCAUACUGGCUCUAUCCUUGGGGACACUUUCUCCAAAUUCAAAGUGAUGGCAGCCAAGGAAGGCGGAAUGACAAUGUGCUAUAUGGUGUUCUUUAUUGUAUUUGUAGUCGCCCUUGCAUACUAUCUCUUCUUUCGAUAGUCAACUUCACUCAUAAUAUGCAUUUGAAUUUUUAUACUUUAUUUCUGAGUAUUACGCAAGAGAAAACAAAAGGGAGCGAGUGUAGCCUUCUUUACAACUUGGCCUUUGCGGGGGCCAAUUGCUUGAAGACGGUAUCAAGCUUAGUGGCGAGCAUCAUUUGACCACGGAUCUUCAACUUUCCGCUCAUGAAUGCCUUUUGACCUAAUAAACCCAGAGCUGCAUUAACACCAGCAAAUUCCUACCCAACGAACCAUCCACUUUUGAGGCAAACUUACCGUUCAACUUGCCAGAAGCAAGGUCAAUAAAGUCGGCAUCCUUGAGGGAGAGGAUAGCAUCAGCCUUGUUGGGACCCUUGCCCUUGAGAACAGCACCCUCCUUCUUCAAGUCGACAGUGAAGGUCUCUUCCUUUCCUUCGUCAUUCUUAAUCACGAACUCGAAGAUACCGUUGACCUAUAAUUCAUUACCCAUUGGUUAUUACU